CCCGGGAACAGUAGUGGUGCUCUCUCUGUGCGCGUGGUGCUGAAAGUGCCAUCUGAAGUAAUGUGGUCGGUAUUUUUUUUCUUUCUGUCUUAUCUGGACAGAAACUUUGUCAAAGGAGAAUUCCCCAAUUAUUCCCUAGAUGCAGAGAAACAGAGUAAAGAUGUGUUUUUCAUGCUCAACAGCACAUUCUGUGCCAAAAUGUCAGACAUGGGGGGAAAUUGCUUUUACCAAGUGUCAGACGGAAUUGAGGAGGUGCGCUCCGUGCGUGACCCGGCAGGUAAACUGGUGGAUUGCUCAGUAACCAUCAACCAGAUGCAGGUGAAGUCGUUCAUGCAUGUGUGCAGAUUAGGACUGAAGCACCAGAGAAAUAACCCAGGAGAUAUGGAGUUUAGUUUUACAGACAUGGCAGAAGCCAAAUACAACUGUCAAGCGUUCCAAAGGACAUCAAAGCGCACGACGGCCACCACGGAGAGGAUAGCCGCGCCAACAGCACAUACAUCGAAGGAGACGAGAGAGAAUUCUGUCCAGGAGGAUGGCAAGCAGGUGAUACGGAGAUCCAAGCGAGGAUUCACUUAUCCUGGAACCCUGUGGUGUGGAGCUGGCAACAUGGCUGAUAAUUACGACCAUUUGGGAGAGUUCACAGCGACUGACAGUUGUUGCCGCGUUCAUGACUUCUGCCCCUACGUCAUCCAUGCGUUUUCCUCAAAGUACGGCUAUACCAAUUUCAAGUGGCAUCCUCUUAGUCACUGUGACUGCGAUAAUGCGUUGAAGGAGUGUCUGAGGAAAGUCAAUGACACCUCCUCCAGGGUGGUUGGUCAGGCUUUCUUCAAUGUCAUUGAGGUGCCCUGUUUCCAGUUCAUAUAUGAAGAGCAAUGUGUGGAGCGCCACUGGUAUGGCGUACGCAGGUACCCACGUGCCAUUUCCUCAUUGGUUAUACCCACGUGGGCGAUUGAAAGUCGAAAUGUUUUGCCGGUAGUCGUGGUAAAAGGGUGUAAAAGGUAUGACACGCUCCUGGUUGCAGUGCCCAGAGAGUCCAUCCUGUAUGAUUUCGGAGGCAUUGACGUUAUUGAUGUGCUGACUGUGGCUCCUCUGGUACAGAAAGAGACAAAGAAAACAGGCAUAGAGCAGGACAAUCCUGAAAGCACAACACAGUCCACUGUGUCCGGCUCCCAGACCACUGGCCCCGAGGAGCCCUCUCUCAGCAACAUGGUCACCGCAGCUGAAGACUUCAUCAAAUUUCUGGCCACCGUCUCCACCUCUCAGGGCUCGGCUACAGACACCACCAAAGGAGAGACACAGACCUCAGAGAAGAAGAAGAGGAAGAACACUGCAGGGAAACAUAAGAAAAAUAACAAGAAGAGGAAAGGGAAAGGAAAAGGGAGAAAGAGGAAGCAGAAAAUCAACUCAGUCUCAAAAGGAGCAGAGGAAGGGACAAUGGUUAGUCCUACCAAAGCAGCAGAAGCUGUCAACAAGAGUAACUUUGUGAAUGGGCCUGAGAAUGUUGACCAGUUGAACAGAAAUGUCAACCGUUUCAGUGAUGGUGAAGUAGAUCGUGGAGGGAAAGAGGAGCUUUCUAAUGAUGUCAUGAGAGAUGAACCACAUGUAGAUGAAGAAAGUGCUGCAGAUGCCUCUGUCACCUCAGUCACUGCUGUCAAGAAGGAGCAGACAAUGCUGGAAAUCCCGGCUCUGAUGGAUCCCACAGAGGCAGCGUCUCUCUCUGCAACCACUGGCACACCCAUUGUGACCACACAGAAAACCAAAAGGAAGAGAUCAAGAAAGGGGGAAGGGAGAAAAAAACAGAGCAACGUAACGCCAACUGUCACCCCUAAAGGAGUUGCACACCAUACCGCCAUUACACAGGUCCUCCCAACUUCCACAACAGAGAGCUCUGGCACCCCGACCGUCACUACCAGCACUGCCAUAAUCUCUGCAGAUCAGUCUGUGCAACAAAGGUUAGAGAACCACAGUGAAAGGGGCCCUGUUACGACUACUGCCGGCACCCCCAUUGUGACUUUUAUCAAAAGCAAAAGGCACAGGUCAAAGGAGAGAAAGGAAAGAAAUAAAAGGAGGAAAAUCACUUCCACUCUUCUCAUGGUGCCUGUUACUUUCAGAAACCUCACUGAAGAGGAUUUUGCAGUGAUCACUACUGAGAGCACAAGUGCUCCAGCCGUCACCACCAUCACUACUGUUAGCACUGCAGGGCAGCCAGUAUCACACAGACCAGAAAGUCACAAUGAGAAGAGGUCCAAUACCACUACGACUGUAAGCUCGACUUUGAGUGAGACCAAAAGGCACAGGCCGAAAGAGAGAGAGGGAAGAAAGAUGAGGGGGAAAAUCAUACCACCUCUUUUGGCUGCGGGAACAUCUCUGCAGAAUCCCACUGAAGAUGCCCUUCGUACAGUCACUACUGGCAGCACUGGUGUACUGAACAUCCCCACAACCACCACUGUAGUCGCUGCAGAGCAGGCAGAGACACUAGCACCACAGAGCAUAGGGAGUCACAGUGAAAAGGGACUUCUCACCACAACAGCCAGCGUCCCCGUUGUGACUGGGAGAAGACAACGCUCAAAAGAGAGGGAGGGUAGAAAUAAAAGUAAAAAAGAGGCCAUAACCACUGUUGUCAAGGAUGAGGUUCCCAUCCGUAAUGAGAAUGAAACUAAAUUUGAAAAAAUAAUGACAAAUAUAAGUCUGACACCCUCAGUGUCAGCAAUUUCAUCCAAAGUUGACGAAGUAGGAGAGUUGAAUCUACAGGAAUCUGAGAACUACAGAGAACAGGCCCUCUUCCCUGUGCAGACCAGCACACCCACUGUAAGUCCAAUAAAUUCCACUGUCCAGAAAAUAGGAGAGAGACUAGGUAGAAAGAAAAGGAGAAAACCACCACAAUGAGACUCAUACUAACAAUAUUUCUAGUAUAGAUUUAAAAAAUGCAAUGAUGUCCGAGAUGACUAGCCUAGCUCUUGACUAUCAGAAAAACCUGCUAUGCAGACUCAGACGUAGGUGUAUUAUGUGUUAGUCGUCAUCUUGUGUGUUUUGUCAAAUCAACAUUUGUGCCACUAUUAAAUAGGAAUUGUAACAUGUGCAUGAAGGAUCAGGAUAAUGUUUUGUAAUAAUAUAUAUGCAUUUAAACACCAAUGAUUAAUAAAAAUAGUGGAAAGAAGCA